GUAUGUAAGCGGCCACAUCGUGAAAGCCAGCCUCCAAGAGACAUGGCUCGUCUCCACUGCAAUGCUUCGGACCCUCACGAUUGCUGCGACUGCAAACCCCUCCCCUGCGCGGGUGUCGUUGACAUCGCCAUUCACCCGGCAGUCGCUUAACGCCAUACGAUCCUUACUUGCCAAUACACUCGAAGGCUCAGACAUCCCGGUCGCCGAAGAGUCGCAUGCCGCGGUCCUCAUUCCUCUUUGCAAUGUGGACAACAAGCCCGGUCUACUUCUUGAAGUGCGGGGGAAAUUGAGGACGCAUUCAGGGGAAGUGAGCUUUCCUGGGGGCAAGGUAGACAAGACCGACGCGUCCCCCUUGGCAGCAGCGCUGCGUGAAAGUCAAGAGGAACUGGGUAUACAUCCUCAGCAAGUAGAAAUCCUGGGGCGCAUAGGUCCCGCGGAGACUUCGCUGAGCGGACUGCGGGUGUGGCCGUACGUCGGCUUUGUCCACCCUGCACGGCAGGUGGACGCAUAUUCAGAGCAAGCUGACGCCCCGGAGGUCGAUGUGCCCUUACCGUCCCUGGCUCUCUCCUCUCUUAGACUUUCGCCUGCCGAGGUUGCCCACGCAUUUCACCUUCCGAUGUCUGCUUUAGUCUCACCGCCACGCCUACAUACGUACCUCUUCCGCGCUGAAAGGCCUUACUUCGCCGUCAGCGUUGCGGACCUCGUCGCGGGACCUCACGCGGUACACUCAGGACCUGACCCCACGCCUUCCUGGAUCAAUGACCCUCAGCAGCGCGACGAGAUUGGUGGUGGCCGCGAAGGGCGUCUCGAGGUUUGGGGACUAACAGGAUGGUAUCUUUCGGAAUUGAUGCGCUGUCUUGGGGUAUACAGUGAUCAGCCGAGCAUUCGAUGAAUACGUUGUGCCAUCUUUGUUUGAGCCGGAUUGUUUGACUUGGCCACGCAUGGUAGCGCCUGCACCUCAAACUGCGUUCAACACGUUCGACAAGGUUGCACUCUGCACGUUGUUAAAGUGAGUCGACACAACGAAUGAUCCCUCAUCAGUUCGUCGAAGAUCCAUGCAGAUAAAACGUGUUGCUGGUGAAGGAUGUGGCUGUCUCGUGCACUAACGGGUCUUGCAAUCGUCAACGCUAAGUUACUACGUUGACGGUCCUGAUCAGCCCACUUGUCGACAAGUCCAAUGUCUUGAAAUCGCAUCUCCUUCGUGACUUGCGUCUCUGGGAAACGUAUGUAUAUGGAUUUCACGAACGUUGUCCCAAAGAGUUGUGCGGGC